AUGGAGAAUCCGGAUGACAAGAAGGAGGACUACAAGACCUUCUACAUGAAGCAGAAGUAUCGACAGGACACCUACCAGGUAAUGAAGCACAUGAAGAUUUCUGCCUCCUUAGAUAAAGGAACUCCAAAUAUGGAGAGGUGGAACACCCGGAUCAAGAAGGAGAUGAACGACUGGCUGGCCAUCUACCGACGGCAGAACGUUUCAGUGGGUAGGCAGAGCUACUACUCGCUCUACUCAGCCAUCAAUACGCUUGCAUCUCACUUCACUUCCUAUGGACCCAAGUUCCCGUUCCCCAACAAGCGGCGUCCGCGCUUCUUUGAGUUGUGCCAGCAGGUGGAGAAGUGCGCCGGAAGUAGAGCUGACCUCCAAUCCUCAAUGGCGAUGCUGGUGAUUGGAGCCAAUACCUCCGGCUCUCAGGACUUCGUGGUUUCCAUGGCCCUUGUUGCCGUGGCAUUGGGAAUAUGGCUUUUGGAGCGCGCAGGAGGAGGGGCUGGGGUGAUCGGCUCCAGCGAGUUCACAAGGCAUGAAAGGGUUUUGCUCUUGCAGCACUUUGGAACGUUUGACUUUGAACAAUGCUAUUGGCAAGGGGCCUAG